AAUUUCCUUUGGCCCGCUUGGUCGAUCGAGCGGUCGCAGGUCGUCGAUGGUGGACUGUUUGUUAUUGUUGUCGUCGCGUCACUUUUUGACAUUGUUCUUCGAGGCGCCGCCGUCGGUAGCAACCUCGCAUCGCAGCGCGUCGCAGUUGGAAACAGCAGCAGCAACAUUUGCAACACCGCUUGCCCCGUGAAAUGCUAUGCUAGAUUGUGAAAUAAAGUCGAAUACAGAUCAAAACUGAGAUCCCCAAGAGGGCCCAAAAAAGAAAGUUUGCCUCAAACAAGAGUGAAAGAUGGAAAAAAACGAACUGAAUAAAAUUAAGGUGUGUGCAAAAUCAGUUAGCAGCAACAGCAAAGCAGCAGCAACAACAAAUGAGUGAAUUACAGUGACAAAUUCAAACAGCCAAAGGUGACAGUGAAUAAUGUUGAGAGCGCCCACCCAGCACAUCGUGCAACUCGGCUUCGGAACGAAGACAUCGGCAACAUCGACAGGGGCAACAUCUGCAGCAGCAGCAGCAACGCCCGGCGGCAAGCAGCAACACCAGCGCAAGACGCUGUUGCAACGCUUCCGGCAGCAGCAACACAAGCUGCCCAAAGUCACGGCGGAGGAGCCGCGAGACACAGAGUACUACUUCAAGCAGCAGAAGCAAUCUGCUUCCUAUCAGCAAGGUGACAAUUGCCUGCUCUUCCUGGCGGCCACCAACCCCGAGCAACUGCCGAAGAAGCCCAAGAAGAAGAAGGAGCCCAGCAGCUACAACUUCGCGGCGGCUCUCAGGCGCAACAAGAAGCCCAAGCCAGCGGCAACCUCCACGGACGACGACGACAGUUGUCGCAGCAUCAACAGCACCAGCAGCACCAGCGGCAGCAGCAACAGCCUGUCUAAUAGUUACAUUAACAAUCAUAACAACAGCGCCAGCAGCACUCAUUACAGAAACAGUAAAAGCACCAGACACAGCAGCAGCAGCGGCAACAACAACGACUACAUCGGUAAUUACAAUUGCAAAACAAGUGAACAACAAGCGUGGAAAGCAGCAGCACAGCAGCAGCAGCAACAACUGCUCAUUAGCAGGCCAAGCGAUCGGAAUUAUCCCAGCAGCAACAUCAGCGGCAGCAGCAACAACAACCACAGUGGUGGCCCCAUCGUCAUGUCACCCACUUCGCAGGCGCCCACCCGAACAUCCCUCUUCGACUCCUGUCACCGAAAGAUCCGCCUGAUCGGCGGCGGGCCCGUCGCCUUCUUGGGCGGAUUGGUUGCCAAGGCCCGUCGCAAGGAACGCGAUGGCGAUCAAAAUUCAACAGACACCAAAUUGUAUUUGGAGGAGAGUGUCCUAGAACGUAAAUUACCUGAAGCUGAUCUCAAAGCCUUAGUGGAUCUUCCAGCUGGUUUGGACUACAAUGAAUGGCUAGCGUCACACACCCUCGCUCUAUUUGAGCACGUGAACUUGGUUUAUGGAACUAUUAGUGAAUUUUGUACACAAUCCGGCUGCGCCGACAUGACCGGACCCGGCAACAGAACGUACUUAUGGUUCGACGAGAAGGGCAAGAAGACGCGCGUCGCAGCUCCACAGUACAUCGACUACGUGAUGACGUUCACCCAGAAGACGGUCAGCGAUGAGUCGAUAUUCCCAACCAAAUACGCCAACGAGUUCCCCGGCUCGUUCGAGUCGAUCGCGCGGAAGAUACUACGCUUGCAAUUUCAUGUGAUAGCGCAUCUGUAUGCGGCGCAUUUCCGAGAAAUCGCGCUGCUCGGCUUGCACACCCAUCUAAAUCUGACGUUCGCGCACCUCACCGCCCUCCACAGGCGCUUCAACCUGAUCGACGAGAAGGAGACCGACGUGCUGCGCGACCUCGAGGUGGCCCUGCGCCUCACCGACGACACCACCGGCGGGUGUCAGGAUGCCACCUCCUCCUCGUCGUCGGUCCACGAGCACUCCUCCGGCGACCUGCAGCACCAGCAGCAGCAGCAUCAGCAGCAGCAACACCACAACAGCAGCAGCAACAGCACCUCCUCGGCGGAGGCGCUGCACGUCAAUUCACAAAGCAACAAUGGCAGCACAUCCGCCUCGGCGUCGGUCUCCCUCAUCGAUGGAGACGCGGUGGCGCCGCCGAUCUGCACGCAGCCGGAGGCGGGAGCGGGUUGCAAGCCGGCGGGCAGCAGCGGCCUGCUGGGCGGCAUUCUGGGCGAUCUGACCAGCGGCGAAUUUGGUGAUACAACGCGUUACUGCACAUCGGCGGUUCCUCAGGCGGCGGCGGCUGCGGCGGCUGACAGUGCCGCCAUGAACAACGGCGCGGGCGCGGGCGCACUACAUUUAAACUUUAGCAACAAUAAUAACAAUAAUCAUAAUCUGAAUCACUUGAACCAUCACCACCACCAUCACCACGGCCACCAUGGCCACCACCAUGCGGCGCAGCAGCAACAGCAGCAGCACAGUGGGCUCAUUCAGUGCAACGCGGCAGGCGGUGGUGGCAAUGGGACAGGGGUAGCCACCGGCGGAGCCACUGCAGCGUCCUCGACCACCACGGCAUAGGUGGGCAGUAGUAGCUACGGAAGGAGCAACAGCAGCAGCAACAGCAACUACAAAAAACAUUAGAAAUACUAGAUUUACGCAAAAAUGUUAUUUAAUGUUACUUCUAUGAUCCUAAAGUUGAAAAUAUUGUAAAAAUAAUAAAAAAAGAGAAAACAUUAAAAUGCAUAGCGGCUAAUUGCAGACAUUGCAUAAAUGAUACACACAAGCUAAAAAAUUAUUGAACAGCUGAUCGAAGUUGGCAUCGUAGUUCCGUAACGUUGAUUUAGAUAUGUACUUACUGUAUAGAAAGAUAGAAGACGGAGGAGGAGCUGCAAGCAUAGAGUUUAGAGUUGUCGAGUGCUUAUGCUUUACACGUAUUUUAACCUUCCUCUUCUACAGCAAAUAAAUGUCCUGACUGAAGCCUGAGUGCAAAUGCAAAGUCAACGCCUUCAAGGCAACCAUAAUAAGGAGUUCCGAACUACUCCGAAGAUGGAAAAACGUCACUUUUAGAAAAGAUUAUACAGCAAAAAGAGUUUUAUUUUGUUAUUCCUAGGACCUCAAGUCUUUUUUCCUUUUAACUUACUACAUUUUCAAUUAUUUACUUCGGCUAUAUAUUAAAUUAUUGAAUAUACCUAACCAAUAUAGUUAUAAAUGUUUCGAAACGUAGGUUUUUGUUAGAGACUAGCAGCGCAUUGCUACAAUUAUGGAUUAGAAUUAUUUUCCAAAUAUUACAUUGUUUUUAAUAUGUUUUUUAGGGUCUAUAAGUACUUGGUUUUGUAAUUUCCUCUGUUUAUACCACCUAAUGGUGCAAAUGUACUUGUCCAAUGUUUCGGUUCUGGCACUAACCUAAGCAGUCACAUUUUAAAUAGAGCGUAUACCGGUUCAAUUGUUCAGGAACGUAGCCACAGAUAUUCUACUAGGUGAAACGCAGUUUUAAAUAGCCAACCGUAUUUUACGCGCAGUGUACUCGGCACCGCCAGCCUGAAAGUAUGCACCGAAAAGCCACCCAGACGAACUGCGAUCAGGCGCCUACGGGUAUGCACCGAAUGUUUCACGACUUACGUACCACACCUCACCCACACACACACAAGAUCGCACCGAAUAAUCCCGAAAAGUAUGCAGCGGAAGCUGCAUCCACACAUUGUUAAAGUAUGGCAAUUUUAAACCCAGUUUGUAACGAUUGAACACACAUUUAAUUAUGAAUAUAGGGAAAUACAAGAUUAUGCUUCGGAUUUCUGCCCAACAGACAGUGGGGACUUGUAUGUUGUGCUGUACUGUGUUGUGUUAAUAAUCCAUAGCGAAAACAAAUGGCAAUGAAGGAAACUUACUUUAGAAACAGACGCGUUCGAAGUAGAAUACUAGAAGCAAAUUUGUGUAUUACAAUGGUUCACCUCUCCCCAUGUAGAUAAUUGCAACUCGAUCCACUCCAGUUUCACUGAACUGCUGUCCAGGCCUGAGCUACAACACACCACACUAUACUCUUAAAGAACACACACUUCUAUCUGUUGAACUUUGAAUGCGAUGCAAUGAACUAUAAAAAAACCAAACACACGGCAAACGAUACAUGUAUUUAUAUGUAGGUAUGUGAGUUAUUAUUACAAUACAGGUGGAAAUGGAAAUGAAAUUGAAUGCAAGACAAACCUUUUAAGUCGGCAAAUAAGCAGUUAAAUGCAAAACCAUGAGAGAAAUAAUAAAAUAAACUGUUAUGUUCAAUUGA